CUCUCAGCUCAGUCUGCCGGACGCAGCAGCGCGCGAGAUCCGCAGGGUGAUCGUGUGCGCGAACGGGCAUCACCAGAACAGAGCAUCACCAGUGAAGCAUCCUUUACUGACCACAACAGCCGAGGUCACCAGCCUGUUAGUCCUAAUGGCCACAUCAUAAUUAAAGGCAAUGACAGCCGGAGCUUUUGUGUGCAGAUCGCUUUGAAAGAUAAUUGUCAAAAAAUCUCCUGUGGUAACUGGCCCCUCCCACUGGAAGAAUGAGUUCCUCCCCCCUUGUGUCCCGUGCCUCCAUCGACAUCCUGGAGGAGCUGCAGCUUAUUGCAGCCCAGAACCUGGAGAAGUUGGAUAUCAACAAGUACUAUGAGGUCAUCAGGGAGCUGGGCAAGGGCACUUAUGGCAAGGUGGAUCUGGUCGUCCACAAAAUCAGGGGCACUAAGAUGGCCCUGAAGUUCUUGCGGAAGAAAACCACAAAGCUGAAGAGCUUCCUGAGGGAGUAUAGCAUCUCACUUUACCUUUCACCGUGCCCCUUCAUCAUCAACAUGUACGGGAUUGCCUUUGAAACUGACGAGUACUAUAUCUUUGCCCAAGAGUAUGCGCUAGCUGGGGAUCUCUUUGACAUCAUUCCCCCUCAGGUGGGGCUCCCGGAGAGCGUGGCCAAGCGCUGUGUGCACCAGGUUGCUAUUGCUCUGGAUUACCUGCACUGUAAGAAGCUGGUGCACCGUGACAUCAAGCCUGAGAACAUCCUCAUCUUUGACAAGGAGUGCCGCAAGGUGAAGCUCUCGGACUUCGGCAUGACACGGCGGGCUGGAUCACCAGUGAAGCGUGUGAGUGGCACUAUCCCAUACACGGCGCCAGAGCUGUGUGACCCGGGCCGGCAGGAGGGCUUCCGGGUGGACUACAGCACAGACGUGUGGGCCUUUGGCGUACUCCUCUUCUGCAUGCUGACGGGCAACUUCCCUUGGGAGAAGGCAAUGCCAUCUGAUGCCUUCUACGAGGAGUUUGUGCGCUGGCAGCAGCGGCGGAGGCGAGCCAGUGCCGCACCCUCACAGUGGCGCCGCUUCACCGAUGAGGCACUGCGCAUGUUCCGCCGCUUGCUGGCCAUCGAGCAGGACCGCCGCUGCUCCGUCAAGGAGGUGUUCGCCCAUUUCAACCAUUGCUGGAUGCUGGACACAGAGAACGGCAACACAGGCACUUUGCCCGGAGAUGCUGCCAACAACAGCAGUGGGGUUGUUAACGGGCACCUGGCUGAGCUCAGCUCCUCUUCAUCAGAUGAGGACGAGCUGGUGGACCGUCUGAAGCAGCAGAGCCUGUCGCCCGCUUGCGUCGUCAUGGAGCCGGUGUCGGCGCACUACGCCAACAUUUCUGCCAACAGUUCACCGUCUUCAACCAGCAGCUACGAGCGUGUCUCCCGUGACAGCAACGGCAAUGGUGGCCGCAUCCUUGUGGCUACACCCAUCGAGAUCUGCGUGUAAGGAUGCCAUACUUUACUGGACUGCAGUGAGGACUCAAGCCCUUGAACGGAGAAAUCAUGCUCUGUAGCUCAUGCCAAGUAUAGAACACCAUGAAAGCAUUCUACAGAGAGUUUCCAGGCAGACUUCAGCUGUCGACUGUUCCUUAUGACGAGUGUCUCUGAGGGAAUGACAUGGGUAGAAGACAAUCACAUCCCAUUGAUUGUGUCUAAGGGUUUCAACUCCAUUUGUUCACAUGUAAACUGUGCACCAUAAAACAGUCCAAUGGAAACUAAAAAAAAGUAAUAACAAUAAACAGAGGGAGUGAAAUGUCUGUUGUGAAUGACCCAGAGCACCAUAAAGCAAUAUGUUUUUGCAAAAAACAAAAAGAAAGAACUGCAGUCAGAAAGGAACAGAACAAGGAACACUGAACAAGGCUGGAAUCUGAAAGAGACUAAUUUCAAAAACACAAAGUGAUUCAUAAUGUGAUUUUUGGAAGUGGUAUUUUUUGUGCUUAAACAUCCAGUAGGUCAGUGGGUUAGUACGUAAAGAGCUGUAGUUUCUGUUUGUUAUUUUGUCGCAUUAUUUAUUUUGGUUUUGUGCUUCUGAUAUUUUGCUAUUUAUUUUACACUGUAGCAUCAUAGAGUAAUAAUACCCAGUUGCCAUUACAGUGAGUUAAAUUGUAAAAACCUGUUUACUUUCUCUAAACCAAAACUUGUGCCCAUCAGAACAUCUCCCAAAACUGCAUCUUAAAGGAAUCUGAACAGUGGAUGCAUGCCGUUUUCUGUGUGGUGCAUUUGUGAGUCAGCAGACCGGAUUUGUCUUCAAUGGGUCUUCUCACUGUGAGCGAGGCCUGGGCUGCUCAGAUGAUGUUACUGAUGUGAUCACAGUGCAUACAGAUGCCUGUCGCUACCCUGAGCACAGAGGGUGUUUAGUCCACACUGAAAAUAGGGCUGUGUUACGUCACCGAGCAUGCCAGAGAUUCAGAGGCGGCGGUGCCCACAUGGUUUAAAAUCACUUGACUAUAACUUGAGAUGAAGGAUGCUACUGACUGUUCUAUGAAGGAACAUUUUGAAGAGAUUCUGCUGACUUGAAAGUGUUUUUAAGGAUUUCUCAGGUAUAUGGUAGGCCUAUGCUGUGUAAUAUCUCACCACAGCCCAGUUCCAGUCUUGUUAUACAAAGGCAAUGAAGGACACUGUGAGUUAGCUUUUUUAAGUCAGUGUAUCAUUGAAAUGUGUGCCAUGGCAACGUGUCAGAGAAACUGAUACGAAAGCGCUGCAUUAUUUAAAAUGGCAAAGUCUGAAUCUAAUUACACAGGCAGAGUCAGAUAUAGAACUCGAUCUGAUAUGGGCUGUUAUCAUCUCCGGUAUGUGAUUCAUUUAGUUUCAGAGCUAGAUGAAAAAAAGACUUGAAAGUCUCGGUUGAUACUCUCCAUUCAACUGCCUCGCUCAAAUUGUGACUGAAGUAAAAGGCUUUUAAAGCACUAAUCAUCUAAACUAAGGCUUAUCAUUCAAAGCCAGAUCUCAGCUCUAGUUUUCAUUCAGAGCCAACCCCAGCAGACAUCUACAUCAUAAUCUGGAUUUUUAUAGCAUGGUUUUUGAUUCUUUGGUUCAUGUCUUUGAAUGGAAUUGUUUUCUGUUUUGAUAAAGACAUGGUAGCAAAAAAGGGUUUUUAUCAACUAAGGUGAUUCACUAAAUGAAGUGACAGAUUGCAUAUUUUGUGCUGUUUAAAGGCAACAGCUUUUUUGUGAAAACGCUCGAAGGGGCGUUUCUGAAACCGCAUGGAUUUAAACCUAUGUGAAAGGUGAUCUUAUCUGUGCUACUUUUUAGAUUUGUGAAAAUGACUGUGUUGUGAUAUUUUGCAGGAGCACAAACAGAUGUCUCAAUGGAAUCGAAAAUCGAAAUUUAGCUUAAAAAAAAAAAGGAAUAAAUCUAGGGUUUAUUUUAUGCUCUAUAGGUGUUAUAGGCAUAUACAUGCAUCCUAAAUCAGAGGCCCAGAGCAUUACCACCAUUUGUCGGGUGCUUUCUCGGCUAGAUUUGAACCCUUGGACUUUAAUUUUGGUUGAUAUUCACAAUCUUAGACAAAAAAAAAUGUUCUUUUCUUGAAAAAAAAAAAAAACAGGUGGAGAUGAAGAAAACGUGGCCAAACAUAAUCAUUCUUCCACAGAUGUUCUGAAAUUGACUUGUGUGUUGUGACUUCCAGAAAUAUUUGCAUGUAUCAAUAUUGUUCUGGAGAGACAUUGUUGAAAUAAAUACAUAUCCUAAAUGCA